AGUCGUCACAAUGUAGUCCUAUAAUAAAAUCGUCAGUCGUGAGCUCUUCCGAGCUCACCGUGGAUUAGUCUCGAUCAAUCAAUCGAUCGAGGAUAUCACGUAAAAUCUUGUGUUCCGUGUUAUUUCGUAUUUCCGCAUCAUCAAAUUCUACUUGGUAUCAGAGCUGUAGAUUCACCUAGUCUUCCGCGCACCAACGAUGUUCAUCCCGCUGGCUUGUUUUGUUCAUCAGUGAUGUUAUUCCACCGAGCAUAGUCGACCUAGGCGAAGUCCAUUCCGCCAUGGUUCAUCAAUCGUCAAUUGUUGGGGUUAUUUGUCGUUGAUCUCCCAGAUCCGUCCAAAGGAUCCCGGCUGUCCCGUCAAAGCCGUUCGCCGGCUCAAUCAUUCCGCCGUCAAUACCCUCAUAUACGGCUGCAAUCGUCAGGAGGGUCGAUGUUCAUUCUGGCUACCCACUCCGUCUUGAUCGCGGCCAUGAGUUCUAAGUUUCCUCGAGUGCGUCCAUGUUUCCAAUCAAGGUUUAUUUUUCAGAUCCAUGUCCAUGUCUUCGUCUACCAACAUCAUCGUCGCCGUUGUCGCCUAACCGCAGGUCUCUCUUCGGGUCGUCGUCGCAUCCGGCAAAGUCCCUGAUUUCAGUCAGAUCCAGUUUUGUCCGACUCGAUCUUCUCGUCCAUGCCAGUACUCGCUUCCCCAAUCUGCAACCACAGCGUUGAACCUACCAACUCCAAUCAGACCAGUCAUCGUCGGCAGUCUAGUCUCUGCCAUCUACCCGUCGUCAUCUACUGCCAUCGCCCAUCAGUGCCUGUGAUAUCCUCACAGUCGCCGCCCAUGUCAGCGAUUGUGGUGUCUUCCAUCGUUACAAGCCAGCACCUGUCACUGCUGCAACUUCAUCGGCGGCUCGUCACCAGCCGACCCUUUGCUCAAAGUCUCAGUCAUCGUCACAAUCAGGAGAGAGAUUUAGCCCCAUCAUCGCCGGUCGCAAGCCCCUGUUCCGUCAGUCUGCUUCGUCCCCGUCACCAAUAGCUGAUCACUUCGUUGGGAAGCUUGGGAAACCAGUCGGUUGGAGUUCGUUGUGCCAAUUGAGUUAUAUGGUCAUGCCGCCAUGGAUCAGUUUUGGGAGACAUGAUGUCAAUUCAGUUUGGACAUUGGACAUCCACGUCAAUUUCAUCAAGUCAAGGAGCUUUCCGCUGCUCCAAAUUUGCUUCCCAGAAGUUUUGUGUCUCCCAGCUUCCACCCUCACCUCAAUGCGCCAGGUUGAUAGUUACAUUCAUCAUCAACAAUCAGGUUUUGUUUGAGGCAGCAGGUGGUUGUUAAUUCACGUUGUACUGUUGAUCUCAAGUUCUAAGGUUCAGCUUCAGUGGUUCUGAUUUGUCAUUCAACCCAUGUCGUUCUCAUCCAAGUCACAAAGCUGCCUAUCAAAGGAAGUCAAGCUUUGUGUGUUGCUGGAGAAAUGAAUUUCUUUUCCUAGGCUUGGUCAGGAACGUAUGAUUUUUCUCAAGGUACGAGGCAUUCACGAUUAUAGAAGCAAUCGUCCCCUCCGCAUUCAGAAUCGAUUUACUUUGAGUCUUCACCAUUCUAACUUUCAAGCUGGACACUCACGUCGUUCAUGCUCCAGCUUGAGGGGGAGAAUAGGGAAUUAUAGGUCGACUGGUUAAGUCAUCAAGUCGACGGUAUCUAUCUAUCAAUCAAGUUGCAUGGAGAAGCACAGUCAGUAGUGAAGGUAGAAGUCUCCAAAGUCAGCAACACAGUUAUCAGUCUUUUGUCUCAUCCAAGACGUCAAGGAAUUCCGCCAUGCUGAGUUCAUUGUCAAAGAACUGGGUCAAGCAUGGAGUAGGAUCAGUCUCAUCCACGACGUCAAGGAGUUUCGCCAAUGCUGAGUUCACUGUCAAAGAAUUGGGUCAAGCAUGGAGUAGUUUCGUCAUUUGUCUACCUCUCCCACAAGUGAACAAAGUCACAGCCUGUUGGAUCGUCAUUGCGAACAAGAGGUUGUUUGAGUGUUGUCAGUUUCAAGCUCGACAUUUCGUCGUUCAUGUCUUCGCUUGAGGGGGAGUGUUGAGGACAUUAAUUAUUUAGUAAAAAAUAAUUAAUUCCUUGUUCUCCAAGUUCCUUGUUUCCUUGUCCCGGUAAAAGAAGUAACUUGGUUGUCAUUAGGGUUUUAACCCUAAGUCUCUCUAUAUAAGCUUAGCUACGAGAUUGUCGUAAGCAAGCCGUCACAAUGUAGUCCCAUAAUAAAAUCGUCAGUCGUGA